GUAAGGAUUCGGUAACCCUGGGUGAUAUGCGUUUCAAGCCGGAGCAUGAAGUCCAUUCUUGUGAUAUUGAUAGCUACGAUUUGCCCAAAUCUGUCUUUGUUUCCAACCCCAUUCUCAGCUCCGACAAAGAUGGCAUAUUGUACCUCAGGACCACUGUCAGCAGGACAACCGACAGGAACUCGCGAGUUAUCGCUGUUGACAUCAAGAAUAAGAAGCUGCUGAAGGUGGGUGAAUUCGAUAUGCGAAGACCCAACACCUACAGGCGCACUACCAUCUCCAGCUAUCUCAAGCCCCUAGUCUCAAAGGAGAAUAUUAAACGACGAGCCCCGGUGUCUAUGGGAUUCUCUCGCAAGAAGCCGCAGCAGCAGUCUGCCAUCACUAACCCAGCUGAGGGAGGAGAGGUUGAUGUCGGGGAUGCAAUGGACUUACAGUAGGCGAUCUUUUCGGGUACAAGUGCCUUCGAGGCACAUACCAUCAUUAUGGUUUCUUUGCUUUCAACCCAUGCCACCCCACCACCGGAGAAGUACCCAGGCGUGGUCUGUGGAGAUCGAGAGUGUCUGCUUCUGCUUUCGUGUUAACUAGCCAGAAUCUGAAUUUUAUUUAUUAAGUAAGGAUCUAGAAGAUUCAGCCGGCAUGUGUAUGAUGGAUGUCGAGUCUAGCGAAUGUAUUAUGAAUCAUUAAUGAUAUUUGAGAAAAUAUGUAAUGACAGUAGUGACACUGCAUAUUUAUAAGCCUUGUUUUUCUUUA